AUGUCAAAAACGCAGACAGCCAUCGCAUCUUUCUCGCUCAAGCCCGUUGUCACACGUCAAUACCCCAGGGUGGCAGAGAUGGAUGCUGCCAUCGAGGCGGCUUUCCGUGUCCCGAAGCGAGAAAGAAUGCAGGCGGAAAGGAAUCCGUUGAAGGAGGGUACUCUGCUGAAGGGGACGCGAGCGACUCGUUUACUCGAUCAAGAAGUUUCACCUGUCGAUGCUGAUGCAGCUUUGGCCGUACUUCCCUAUCGACCCCCAGUUCGACCUCGAUUGCCUCUCGCCGGAGAAGACGAGAGUAUUUCCUUGACGUUAACGCGUGGCCUACAGACGGGCAAGGACAGAUGGGCACAAGUCUGGCUCGCAUCCGUCCACAUUCCCAGCACCACCGAACAGCAUCAAGUCGUUAUCAAGCUACUUCAAGAAGCAUUCUUUCCGUAUUCGGAAGAUGACGAUGACGACUCCCUAGAAUCGUUAUACCGUUCCUUGCGCACCUCUGCAGGAAUAUCCAGAAACGAAGGAUGGGCAUUUGCGCAGCUGAGACCUUUGCAAGGUCUACUGCUACCCCACUCCUAUGGCUUCUAUCACUUCCAACUCCCCUGCGGCCAGAGCGUGAUUGGGCACGCCAUGGAGUACGUUGAAGGAACUACACUGGAACGAGAUUAUCAAGGGAUGAUCGACGGCUCCUUCUAUUCUGCAGAGCGCCAGGUUGGGAUCCACGCUUCGAUUGUACAGCUUGCAUUCAGCGUGUACUGUUUGCAUUUAUGCGGCGUGCAUCACGGCGAUAUGUCACCCCAGAAAAGUGCUGCAAGUACCUGGGAAGCCGCGCUUCUUCGUGUUCCUCGACUUUGCUCUGGCGACCCCGAUCUCCAACACCAUGUUUGGAAGUGGGGACUGCGUGGGCUUGUGGGACUGUUUUGA